AUGGUGCAGUUCGCCAAGAAGCUGGCGGCGGCCCAGCGGCCUGAGUGGAAAGGACACUACCUCGAGUACAAGCAACUGAAGAAGAAGCUGCGCAAGGUGGUGGAAGCUCAACGCGAGGAGACGCGCGAUGAGCAGGAAACCUUCAAGCAAGCACUAGACUCGGAGGUGGAGCGUGUGGUUCUCUUCUUUCUCACUAAACAGGGAGACUUCGCUACCACAUUGCAAGGUCUACGCACGCAGCAGCUGGAGCUCGCGUCCGGGGACCUGGAGGCUAUGCACUCUAUUGCCGACAUGUACCGUCAUGUCGGAGACGAGCUCGUGAACUUGCUGCACUUCGUGGAGCUCAAUGCGACGGGAAUCCGCAAAAUCCUCAAGAAACACGACAAAACUCUCAAGGAGCAUAAAAUCAUGGGCUCGUACUUGUCCUCACGCACGGACUCGCAGGCUUCGCACAUGCAGCAACUUUACCAUGACGAAGGCAUCUCCGCUAUCAUCGCCAGUAUCCGCGCUGCGCUCACAAAGUUGCGCAAACUCGAAGUUCAGCUGGCAGCGGACGCUACCAACAAGGCUCUGACGCGAACUAUCUCCGAGGAUGAGCCUGUACUGAGUCGUAUCGGCCAAGCACGUCGCAGACUGCACAAGUCGACGCAAUACGUCAAGACUGUGGCCGCACGGUCGCUGAUUUUCGACUCGGAGUCCUCGGAAGACGAAGAUGACGAGACGUACGACAUGCUCAAGCGCCUCAGACAGGCCUCCAAGCCCUCACGUCUGCUCAAUAUGCUCAACACUUUUUUGUACAUGACCAACUACUACAUUGUCGCUCCUACAAGCGGGAAAUACGCAGCAGAACUGGGUGCUGAGGCCUCCAUGAGUGGCGUUAUCGUGGGUAUGACUCCCGUGGCUUCUCUUGCCAGCGCCGUGCUGUACAGUUGGUGGGCCAAUCGCUCGUACAAGGCGUCGCUGAGUUUCGCGACUGUGUGUCUAAUUCUGGGCAACUUGCUGUACGGUAUGGCGCUCUCUUACGACAGUGUGGCGAUGGCGUUGGCCGGUCGAAUGUUAAAUGGGUUUGGUGGCGCUCGAGCGAUUAAUCGACGCUACAUUGCGGACAACUAUUCGCGGGAGGAACGAACGCAGGCUUCGGCGUUGUUUGUGACUGCCAGUGCGCUCGGAAUGGCUGCAGGUCCUGCACUUGCAGCUGCUCUCCACUAUCUGCCCGACUACAAUUUUGCUGGCAUCGAAAUCACCACGGAGACCGCGCCUGGUUGGGUUAUGUUUGCGUUGUGGACGAUCUAUCUCAUUGCCUUGGUGGUCUGGUUCGUGGAACCGGAUAGAAUGGAAAGAGAACGAUUCCUGGAGCGUCGACGAUCGAUGCUGGAGAACGGAAUGGGCAACUCGAGCAUUGCUGUCGUCGCCGCAAAGAUGGGAGAAACCACGCCGCUGAUCUCUCGCUCGCACUCGAUGGGCAGUCCGCCGCCUCUGUCUUCUCUCUGGCAGAACGUCCCGGUCGUGGCGUCUCUGUUCAUCUACAUCGUUCUUAAACUGGUGCUGGAGUGUCUUAUCACGGCCAGUUCGACUAUUGCAAUGUACCAUUUCAACUGGGGCUCUACGAACAACGGCAUGUACCUCGCAGCCCUGGGUCUGCUGAUGUUCCCUACCAAUAUGGUGGUAGGCUGGAUGAGCUUCCGUUACGAAGACCGAGAGAUGAUUAUGCUCUCUGAGAUUGCCAUGUUUGUCGGCGUUGGUAUCAUCGUCAACUAUGGUCACUACUCAGUCGCUCAGUUCGUCGCUGGAGGAGUGAUCAUUUUCAUUUCCACGAAUGUGCUGGAAGGCGUCAACAUGUCGCUCUUGUCCAAGACGAUCCCAAAAUCUUUCGCCAAGGGAACGUUCAACUCGGGAUUGCUGGCUACUGAGGCUGGCACCUUUGGACGAGCUAUCGGCGACAUCGCAAUUACUGUUGUGGGUCUGCCCGGCAUCAAGUAUGUGCUCAACUGGACGUUUGUUCCUCUCAUCGCGGUCUCGCUUCUUACAAUUCUCUACACGGCUCGCGUGUACCACAAGCUUGCCACCGACGACUAA